AUGGGUAUUGCCAUAGAAAAGGUUUUUACCAAGACUAAACAUAGGAUGUGUAUGUGGCACAUAAUGAGGAAGGUACCUGAUAAGGUUGGAACUAAUUUUUGUAAAGAAAUUGAUUUCCUGAAAAAGCUAAGUGCAGUAGUUUGGGAUAGAGAGAUUGAUCCUCAUGUAUUUGUUGAUGGCUGGAAUAGUGUUAUGGAGGAGUUUAACCUUGUUGAUCAUGAGUGGUUUGCAUACAUGUUCAAGAUUAAACAUCUUUGGAUUCCUGCAUAUUUUAAGGACUUAUUUAUGGGUGGGUUACUGCGUUCUACAUCUAGGUCUGAAGGUGAAAAUAGUUUCUUUUGUAACUUUACAAACCCUCAUGUGACCUGUGUUGAAUUCUUUGUCCGUUAUGAAACUGUGCUUGAUGCUCAAAGGCAUGAACAGGAUGAGUUGUACAAGCUUAAUAAACUUGAGCCUCAAUUGGUUACUAAUUUACACCUGGAAAAGCAUGCUGCUGAUAUUUAUACUCGUGCCAUAUUUUAUGAUUUUCAAGAAGAAUGCCAGGGAGCCUGUUUUUCAUGUGGAGUUGAAAGUUGUAGUUCUUUGUAUGGAGACGGUAUGGAGUUUUCUGUUAUUGUUGAUCAUGAGAAAAGGAAAAAUUUUGAUGUUAAUUUUGAUUUGGCAACAUAUGAGUCAAGUUGUACUUGUAGAAUGUUUGAGAGUCAAGGUGUUUUAUGUAAACACAUUUUGUUUGUUAUGAAAGGCAAGCGUGUACGUGAAAUUCCUGAUGCUUACAUCUUGAAUCGUUGGAGAAAAGAUGUUUUGAAGAAAGCUUCUGUCAUAGAUGAUGCUUCUAAGUAUGAUAAGAAGAAGCAAUUGGUCAGUGAUGUAUGGUCCAAGAUUUUCAGUUGUGUCAGUUUAACUGACCAAUCUGAGGAUGAUUUAUCUGAGAUUAUUAAGACAUUAUCUUCAUUUGAGGAGCACAUGAUAUCAAAGAAUAAUCCUGAAAAUGCACCUAGUUUAAAAGAGGUGAAAGAUGCUGAUAUUCAGGUUUUGGUUGGGUCAAAUGAAGUUGAUGUAAAUGUCUUGCCUCCAAAUCAGUGUCUUAAUAAGGGUUCUGCCAGAAGUUCAAAGAGGUUAAAGAGUACAAAAGAAAUAGCUACUGAAGAAAAAUAUAAAAAAGGCAGAACUUGUAGAGCUUGUGGGCAAUCUGGUGUUUCCCAUGACAGUAGAAAAUGUCCAAACAAGUAG